CUCAAACGGCAUCGGGCAUAACUACUAUUAACUACUGGCAGACUGGCUAGUGGCUUCUAAGUACUAACUGCAUAGGUACAUUAUUAUUUAUUAGUACGCCGUUAAUGUAAAAUUCAGAUUUUUGAGCAUUUUUAUUCUUACUACUUCGUUUGUGUACAUAAUUGUUUUAAAAGCAUUUAAACCAAAGUGUUGUAUAAUAUCUACUAUCAAUAUGCAGUCAUCCCAGACUGGCAUGGUCGGUCAACCAAGCUUUAAUGUGGGGCCUGGUUUACAAUCUAAUAUACAGACACAGGUUCCCGGUCAACACAAUGUAAUGGUACCACAAGUUCCUCUUAAUCAGAAUCCAGUAGGUGUUGGUUCCGUGUCUCAGCCACCAGUACCGCCUUCCAACCAAAAUCAGUCUGCAUCUGGUCAUCAAUUUAACACAGCGUCUUUGUGUCGUUUUGGACAAGAAACUGUACAAGAAAUAGUGUCUCGCACACACGAAGUAUUCCAGAUACUUAAAGUCCUAAUGCCACCGAAUGGUACUCCAACUGGUGCUAACAUGAGUAAUGAAAGGCGUAUUAAAAUGCAAGAUCAAUUGAGGAACAUAAAAUUACUAUUCAAACGACUAAGAAUUAUAUACGAAAAAUGUAAUGAUAGCUGCCAAUUACAAGGUAUGGAGUACAUGCAUAUAGAAGGACUGAUUCCACUCCAAGAAGAAUGGGACAUGAAGUCUGAAGAAAGAAAAACUAGCGAAACGUAUCGUAUUGCUAGCGAUGAAAUGAAAGAAGUAGCUGAACAAUUAAGUAAUAAGAAUAGACAUUUAAAAGAAAUAAUUGAUCAUCUCCGAAGAAUUAUAUGGGAAAUAAAUACAAUGUUAGCAAUGAGGAGGUCUUAAUAUACUUAUUUAAUUUAUAUGUACAUUUAAGUUUCAAUUAAAAUACAUUAACAAAUCUUUAUGAUUUGUACAUAAUAAUUAUUUAUAAGCUAAAUUUAAGACAAUAUCAAGAUCAAGUCAAAUAAAUGUGUUUGGUUUGUAGCCUUUGUAUAAGUAAAAUAUGUAGUAUCAAUUCUUGUAGAUUUAAUUAAUCUACCCAUACUAACUAAAAAUUAAACAGAAACAAUUCUUAUGACAAUA